AUGCCAGGGCAACCAGCGGCGCUGUCACCUCAGACAGUUUACAGCAGGAAGCGGGAUGCCAGCAAGCCAUCUGGGUCCUUUAUCAACAGCAGCUCUGUAGUCUCCAGAGACAGAGGAAGAGAUGAGUCUCCUGGUAUCCAGACUCAUCAAGAACAGGAAGGUCAUCCAAUCUCUGUUCUGUGCUCUCAGCCGUCAGCUCAUCCUGAUCUGACCACAGGUGGAAAUGAUGAAGGGUGUCCAGCUGAUCCUCACCUCCAGGGUGCUCCUGAUGCACAGAUUGUUUUCGGUGAUGAUGGGAAAAAAAAGAAAUAUCACUCCACAGGAAAAAGUGUACCUUCCAAAGUUGCGUUAAAACCACGCUUGAUGGAGUUAAAAUGCCAUUUUACUUGGCAGCUGCUGGAAAAAGAUAGAAACUCUGAUGAGUUGAAAGAGAGACUGGACUACCAGCUUAUAUACCUGGACACCAAAAACAAAUACAUGGUGUACAAUCUUCUUGCCUACAUAAUGCACCUGAAAGAUGAUUACACAGAAGCCAUCAAUAACUUAAAGAAAGCAGAGGAGAGCAUUGAAGGCAGUAACUCUGAUGGAACAGGCAAAAAGCUCCUGGUGACAUUUGGAAACUAUGCCUGGAUAUACUAUCACAUGAAAGAGUAUGAAAAUGCUCAGAAGUACAUAGAAAAGGUAAACCAAAUUUAUGAUGAGCUCAAGCAAUUGCCAAAUGGCACUAACAAAAUUGCAGAGAUUUAUGGUGAACAAGGAUGGGCACUGUUAAAAUUUUGUGCAAAAUAUUACGAGAAAGCCAAAGAAUGCUUUGAAAAAGCUCUAGAACUAGAUCCAGAAGAUCCCGAGUGGUGCUCUGGCCAUGCCACAGCGGUGUAUCGUUUGGAUGGAUUGGGUGUUAAGAAAUCUGAAGCUUCUGGAUGCAAAAUACUACAGGUCUUGCAACAUGCUGUAGAGAUAAAUCCAAAAGAUGCUGUCUUGAAAACACUUCUUGCACUGCAGCUGCAGGAGCUAAAAAGAGAUGAGGAAGGAAGAGCAUACAUAGAACAAGCUCGGCAACAAGCUCCAGACCUUCCAUAUGUACUUCGUUAUGUGGCCAAGUUUUACAGAAAAGCUGGGCGGAUAGAUGAAGCUUUGAGCGUCUUACAAGUAGCUCUUGACCUUAUGCCAACAUCAGGCUUUCAUAAUCAUCAAAUAGGAUUGUGUUACAGGCAGAAAAUGUUCAAUUUAAAGAAGCUUGAAAAGACAAACCCUGAGCUCCGAUAUAAACACAGGGAUGAAAUGGAUGAAGUUGUCAACAAGGCAAUUUCUCACUUUGAAAAGGUGCUGCAGUACAAGAAGACAUUUGUCUAUGCAUACACAGACCUGGCAAAUAUGUAUAGUGAAGUAAAGGACUAUCAGAAAGCAGAGGAUACAUUUAAACACGUUAUGCAAUUUCCUAAUCUCACAGAUGAAGAAAGGCAAAUGAUCAAUCUAAAUUAUGCCAAGUUUCAAGAAUACCACAUGAAAUGUAAAUCAAAAGCGAUAAAGCAUUACAAAGAAUGUUUCCAGAUAUCAUUCCCAAGUCUGCACAGGGAUUUCAGUGAGAAGGCAUUAAAAAGACUGGGUGAAAGUAUGAAAAAGACGUACCCACCUCAGGCUUCUGGUUUUGAAUUGCUUGGCUUUGUCUAUAAGAAUCAAGACAAUGUAAAAGAUGCCAUUGAAUGUUAUGAAAAAGCCUUACAACAUGAUCCAGGCAAUGCCGAAUAUCUGAGUGAGCUGUGUGACUUGAAGCUGAAGAUAUAAAAAGUACUUGUAAUAAACUAGUACAAAAG